CUGCACGUUCAGUUAGAACUAUCCAACUCAAACUAACGAGGCCUGGCUGUCUUCUCUCCCACAGCUAACGUUAGCUAUUAUCUCUAGCAUAACGUAGAUCUCUCGCUAGAUGGGCUAAUCCUCCGGUUUUGAGUGAUAAGAACCUAGCAGCUAUCACUAUCUUUUCCCAUAUUGCAUCAUGACAACAGGAGGUCCUUUGUGGUUAACUUGUCAACUUAGCAGGAGGAGGGAUGAGCCAUUCCCCUGUGAUUGGCCAAGAUGUCCCUGAGACAACCAACGGGGUGGACUCUCCGACCUCCCCUGACAUUUCUGAAAGGCCGACACCACACACUCUGAAGUGUGAUGGCAGGACCACGUUACAAGAAGAUGGUAUAGAGGAGGGGACACAGAUUAAAACAGAGACUAAUGCAGACACAGACCACAUAUCUAAGAACUCAGCCGCACAUUCAAAUCCAAACUUGUCACACACUGAAACUCCCGAAACGCACUCCACGUCGCUAACUCACACACACUCGCACACACCAAACAGGCAUGCAGAAUCUCCACCCAAACAUAAACCUCACACAGGUGAAGAAGACCUCAAUGAUUCGGUAUUCACUCACAUAGAAGCCACAGAUCUCACAGACACAGCAACCAAAGACAGACCACACACAGAAACGCACAGCACAGACAGACAACAGCACGACAACGCACAGACAUACAGUGAAGCCCCAGAAGAUGAUGGAGUGAGAGAAGAGGAGGUGGAGCAUGACAGAACAGAGAGAAAGGAUGGAGAGCAGAGAGAAGAGGAGAAACCAGAGCCUAUGAAACCGUCAUCGCCAUCGUCAUUUCAGAACCCUCCUCCUCGUCUCAGCACGUCGGCACCUGCCAGUGGAACCGCCCCCUCCCUGGCGGAGUCGGGCGCGGACGCCGACUCGGACGAAGUGCCUCGGCCCAUGCACGUGAUGGCGGAGGUGCGCGUGCGCGGCAUGCCGGACCGCGUGGUGCGGGGCAUGCAGGACAGCAAGAGCCUGGACGAGCUGAGCGGGGCGUGCGGAGGCGGGGGCCCGCGGGGGGGUGCCCGGGGGGGCCAGGCGGAGGGUGGGCGCAGGGCUACCAUCUCCAGCGCCCUGGAGCUAGAGGGCACCGUGAGCCAUGAGGGAGACAUCACCAACUUCAUCUGCAGGAACCUGGAGCAGAAGAUCAAGAUGAGCUCGCGGCCCAGCCUCGACUGUGACUCGGACUCGAGCUCGGGUUCAGUCCGUGGCCGGGCGGUGACGCGGCGGCCAGCAGACAUCCCCCCGAUCGACCCGUCCGUCUUGUUGGACCUGCAGAGACACACGCAGGACGUGGCGCAGAGUGUAGAGCUCAUGAUGCGCAGCCUCAACGGAACCAUCCAGAACAUGACUGCCUUGAGUGUUGGCUACAUCCAGACGUACAGAGACUCCGUGGAUAGCCUGGGAGAGUCUGUGGACAUGAGCAUAAAGGGAAUGUACACGUUGAUGGCCCGUUGUGAGGAGCUGGACCGCUCCAUGCAGCCCAUCCACACGCUAGCAGCUCAGAUCCGAGACAUCAAGCGCACUCUGGACGCCCUGGAGGCCGUCUGCAAGUAGCCGCCGCCCCCCUCACCCCCCCCCCCCCCCCCACCCAGAUGUGCUGCUGCCGCUGCCGCCGCUGCUACUGAAAGUAACCACAAGCACCCCCAUCCCCUCAGCACCACCACCACCACCACCACCACCACCACUCCCACCACCACCCUCCCAGAGAUGUGCUGCAAGUAACCACACCCCAAGAGUGGUGUCGCCGUGCCAAUAUGCCUUGCCCCCCUCCCUCCAUUCGCCCAGCAGACGCCCUGUAAUGGAAUCAUCUGUGUACAGACUCUUAGCUGAUAACCAUGUUACCAAAUCUUGCGCUACUGAUCAAGUCUCUCAGAGAUGCUCUGCAGCCCCCCCCCCCAUCCCCCUCUCCUCCUCCCUGGACCCUUGGGAGUACAGUAAAAUGGGCCUCAUCUCAAGUGGCAGCCUUGCUCUCUCUCUCUUUCUCUCUCUCUCUCCCUCUCGUCUGUGACUUCAUACAGAGGAGAGGAAUGCCCCUCGUCUCCUCUACCAUACCGUCCAACACAGUACCUACCUUUGGUGGUGUGGUGUUGUCCCCUCCUCUGCAUUUGAAGGCUUCAGGUCAUGUGUCCUUGAGUGUAUGUGGUGUGGAUUGUAGAGAUGGACGGACCCUGACAUCAGGGACAUGGUUGUGGUGGCCGAUUGACUUGCGGAGUCCGAUGAGACUUUAACAGGAAUGCAAUGCACAGGGAUGCACAAGCUACCCUGGUGUCUGAUGCCCUGGAAACGAAGUCAGGUACGCUGCUGAGAAGUGUGUGACCACAGAAGUUAUGAAUUUAUGCCACAAUGCAUCCUUUUUGUGUUUACUCUCUGAUCAUGUGAAAGACUUAAACUACACUUACACACACCUGAGAAAUUGUUGGUUUUGUUUUUUUCAAUACUAACUUAUGUGGAGGCUACAGUGUGUGUGUGUGUGUGUGUGUGUGUGUGUGUGUGUGUGUGUGUGUGUGUGUGUGUGUGUGUGUGUGUGUGUGUGUGUGUGUGUGUGUGUGUGUGUGUGUGUGUGUGUGUGUGUGUGUGUGUGUGUGUGUGUGUGUGUGUGUGUGUGUGUGUGUGUGUGUGUGUGUGUGUGUGUGGCAUGUUCCCUGACUAGCCAUUCACUGCAGUUCACUGCAUGGAUCCUCUCUCCCCUCUGGCCGCUGUACAUAGAGUGGCAAUAGACUGAAGCAGGGGAUUUUGGGUAUUGGAGUUUUUAGAGCGGACGCUUUUUUGAUGGGAAGGGGUUCAGGAGGAGGGCUGUCUUCGUUGCUCUGCUCUUGUUGUCUGUCGCUCGAUCCAAUCAGAAGUAAUCUUUGUACAUACUGUCUCAAUGUCACUAAAACAAUGAUUUAGCCAAUGUCAUGUGUGUAUUUAAAAAGAGGAUAUAACAAUAAAUUUACAAGAAUGAUGCAGAAA